AUUUUCGAAGCCUUUCAUCUCUGACUCUGUGAGAGUACCAUCAUGGCGCUAACAGGAGUGCACCUGCUUAUUGAAGAUAGACAUGUUGUGAUUGACAAUGGCAUACUAAAGGUCACGUUGUCAAAUCCUGAGGGAAUCGUCACUGGAAUAGAAUAUAAUGGCAUCGACAACUUGCUCGAAUAUCAGAACGAGGAAUCUAAUAGAGGGUACUGGGAUCUUGUGUGGAGCUCACCGACAAGUCCCGGAACGAGUGGAACAUUUGAUGUCAUAAGGGGAACCAAUUUUAAAGUGAUAGUGGAAAACGAACAACAAGUUGAGUUGUCCUUCACAAGAACGUGGGAUGCCUCACUUGAAGGCAAGCUGGUUCCCUUAAACAUCGAUAAAAGGUUCAUAAUGUGUCGCGGUUGUUCUGGCUUCUACUCCUAUGGUAUUUACGAACACUUAGAUGACUGGCCCGCUUUCAAUCUCGACGAAACAAGAAUUGCUUUCAAGCUCAGCAGAGAAAAGUUUCAUUACAUGGCAAUGGCAGAUAAUAGACAAAGAAACAUGCCUCUUCCAGGUGACCGAAACCCACCGAGAGGUCAACCCCUUGCUUAUCCUGAGGCUGUUCUUCUUGUUAAUCCUGUCGAGCCUGAAUUGAAAGGAGAGGUGGACGACAAGUACCAAUAUUCAUGCGACAACAAAGAUAGCAAGGUGCAUGGGUGGAUCUGCACCGAUCCGGCGGUAGGAUUCUGGCUAAUAACUCCCAGCAACGAGUUCCGAUCCGGCGGACCCCUCAAGCAAAACCUGACUUCCCAUGUGGGACCCACCACUCUUGCGGUGUUUCUAAGCGCUCAUUAUAGCGGAGAAGAUCUGGUGCCAAAAUUCAAAGCUGGCGAGGCAUGGAAGAAAGUUUUUGGUCCAGUUUUCAUCUAUUUGAAUUCUUCCGAUAAUGGAGACAACCUAUAUAAUAAGCUAUGGGAAGACGCUAAACUUCAGAUGCAGAUAGAAGUUCAAAGCUGGCCCUACAAUUUUCCUGCCUCACAAGAUUACCUGAAGUGGGACGAACGUGGCAAUGUCAAUGGUAGACUAUUCGUCCGGGACAGUUAUGUUGGAGAUGACAAUAUCUCAGCAAAAGGGGCUUAUGUUGGCUUGGCUCCACCAGGAGACGCUGGAUCAUGGCAAAGAGAAUGCAAGAAUUAUCAGUUUUGGGCCAAAGCAGACGAUGAGGGAUAUUUCUCCAUCAGCAAUAUACGCCCCGGUGACUAUAAUCUUUACGCAUGGGUCCCUGGUUUUAUUGGUGAUUAUAGAUAUGAUGUGGUUAUGAACAUAACUCCAGGUUGUUACAUAGUCGUAGGUGACCUUGUGUAUGAACCUCCUAGAGAUGGUCCAACAUUGUGGGAAAUAGGCAUCCCUGAUCGCACAGCUGCUGAGUUUUAUGUUCCUGAUCCCAAUCCCAAAUAUAUCAACAAGCUCUAUGUUAAUCAUCCUGACAAGUUUAGACAGUAUGGGUUAUGGGAGAGAUUUGCGGAGUUAUACCCUGACAAAGACUUGAUCUACACAGUUGGUGUUAGCGACUACGCCAAAGAUUGGUUCUUUGCUCAAGUUACCAGGAAGAAAGAUGAUAAUACAUAUCAAGGAACCACGUGGCAAAUCAAGUUCAAACUGGACAAAGUGAACAAGAGAAGUUUCUAUAAACUUCGCAUAGCUCUGGCAUCAGCAACAUUUUCUGAACUGCAGGUUCGAGUUAAUGACCCAAAAGCACCUCGUCCUCUGUUUUCUAGUGGGUUGAUAGGGAGGGAUAACUCCAUUGCUAGGCAUGGGAUUCAUGGGCUGUAUUGGCUUUUCACUGUGGACAUAAUAGGUGCUCGACUCGUGGAAGGAGAUAAUACCAUCUUUUUGACUCAGUCAAGAGGCAGUGGCCCAUUUCAGGGCAUUAUGUAUGAUUAUAUUCGUUUAGAAGGCCCUCCCUCCUCUGCUUCCGACGACCAGAUUUGA